CUUCCUUUCGUUCAAUCUCGCGCAGACACACUCUGGGCUCCAACAGAACCAUGUCGGGGCUGUCGAGAAAUGGCUCCGUUGAGCCCAACGAAACUGAAUCCCUUCUUGGUAAUGGCUCGAGGUCAACUUCCCAGCACCGCCAUAUGUCUUACAAGAACGAACGGCACUGGACUCAUUGGCCCCUGCACGUUGCUCAUUUGACAUGGUACACUCUGGCGCGAGACUACACCAAUGUGCUUCUCGUCUUCGUUCCCUUGGGUAUCAUUGCCGGUGCCCUUGGGUGGGAUUCGACCGCUAUCUUUACCCUGAACUUCUUCGCCAUCAUUCCUCUGGCCUCCAUGCUGAGCUUUGCGACCGAGGAGCUGGCUGCCACCAUGGGACAGGCUCUGGGUGGUCUCAUGAAUGCUACUUUCGGAAAUGCAGUGGAGUUGAUUGUCAGUAUCGUUGCCCUCAAAGAGAACCAGAUUCGCGUCGUUCAGGCCAGUAUGCUCGGUAGCAUUUUGUCUAAUAUUCUGCUUGUGCUCGGGUGCUGUUUCUUUAUUGGUGGUCUUCGCCACCAGGAGCAGGUCUUCAACAGUACCGUGGCCUCCACAAUGUCGUCUCUGAUGACAGUCUCGUCCGCAUCCUUGAUCAUCCCUGCGACCCUUUAUGCCUCUCUAUCCUCUGCCCAGAACUCGGAUACCGCCAGACAUAACAUUUUGAUUCUGUCGCAUGGAACUGCUAUCAUUCUUCUGAUUCUCUAUGUGAUGUACCUCUACUUCCAGCUCAAGUCGCAUGCCAACCUUUUCGAGGAGGCUGUCAUUGAAGGUGAUCCGGAAAACCAAGAUGGCGCCGAGGAGGAAGAAGAGGAACACCUUUUGAACCCCUGGUCUGCCUGCGUUGUUCUGGUUGUUGUGACUGUCCUCGUGGCAAUCUGCGCCGACUACUUAGUUGGAAGCAUUGACAGCAUGGUGCAGAAGACCGGCAUGAGCCGGACCUUCAUUGGUCUUGUGCUGAUUCCCAUUGUUGGCAAUGCCGCUGAGCAUGUGACGGCCGUCGUCGUUGCUUACAAGAACAAGAUGGACCUAGCAAUUGGUGUCGCAAUCGGCAGCAGUUUGCAGAUUGCCCUUUUCGUCACGCCUUUCUUGGUCAUUUUGGGUUGGAUCAUGGAUGUGGAGAUGACUCUUCACUUCCAGACAUUCGAAACUGUUGCCUUCUUCAUUUCUGGCUUGGUUGUGACAUACCUUAUCCAGGAUGGAAAGUCCAACUAUCUUGAAGGUGGAUUGUGCUUGGGAAUGUAUUUGAUCCUGGGACUUGCCUUCUUUGUCUACCCUGAUAACGUGGAUGAUACUGCCGUUCUCGGUCCCCUGACUGGAAACUAAGUCUAUGAAAAGGUUAUGCAUGAGUGAAAACCAUUUACUCUCUUUAUUUUCUUAAUUUGUUAUCAUUUUAUCUUGAACCAUACAACAUUAGAUUGGAUGUAUUCAUCCUUUUGAUGAUACGAGUCUGGAGAGUCUUCGGACUCAUCGUCACGACGUCGUACCUUACUGCUUCUUGAAAGCAGACCACUCACUCUUGUUUCAUUAUUGUGUUACUAUAAAUUCGCUACACAUACGCUGCUGGUCAGUCUCUAUGGGCCUGGAUACCUCUGGCUCAAGAACAACGACUUGAAUACCUCUUCAACAACGUCCUACUUUUCAUCAUGUACUACUUGUUUGUUUUGAAAUUGUGCACAGGUUCGGAUCGAUUUGGGAUAUUUGGCGGUACUUUGAAGGUAGCACGAUAGUAUAUUUGUUAGUUCUAGGCAAUGUCCUUGAAAAUCUCUUGAUACGUACACAAAUUUCUAAUAUCUUA